CCUUUUGAAGCAUGGUUACGUGGUGUUCUAACACUUUUUCACCACAUAUCUUUGUGGGAGUCCGUGACAGUGUCCCAGGACAAACGUAUGAUUACUUGUUUUUAACUGUAGUUGAGUGGUCACCAGUGGUUGCGGAUCAAAAAGAGAUUCACCAGUUCUUGAGGCUUGAACAGCUGGUUAGAGAGACUGGUCGUCCCCGUCACGACAAUCGAAGCUCAAGAAAUCAUGCAGCCAGACCAGAGAAGCACAUCAUAUAUCAAUCACACUCUAAUCACACAUCCCUAUAGGCUAAGCAUAGACUCAUAGACCCCGUUUUUUUUUUUUCAUCCGCAUUACAGAGAGAGAGAGAGAGAGAGAGAAUCAGGUGUAUCGCAACAGCCCCUCCCAUAUCCCCUACCUUUAUCAAUCUGCUCACCCAACUUACUCCACGUCUUCUCUCUCUCCCUCCACUCUCAACUACAUUCUGAAUUCCUCAACAAUCUCAGUUUUAGAGAGAGAGGGAGGGAGAGAGAGCGGGACAGCUCACAAAAUGCCUUUCCCCAAACAAUAACUGGCCAUGUGUCCCAAUCCCAAUCGGACCACUCCGCAUCCGCAAUGCCUCACUCUCCGGUGAACUCCGCCGCCGAUUCCUCCGCUGCGCCACCGUCGCCGCCGCCCGAUGAAGCCGCCGUCAACCACCUCAUCGACUCAGAACGCCACCACAUGCCCCGACCCGACUUCCUCCGCUCGAUCGACCUCACCUCUCGCCAAGACUCCGUCAACUGGAUCCUCAAAGUACAUUCGCAUUAUCAGUUCGGACCGGUGACGGCGUUUCUCUCCGUCAACUACUUGGAUCGUUUCCUGUCGUCGAAUUCCCUUCCGCAGAAGGCAAAUGGGUGGCCUUUCCAAUUACUAGCAGUGGCGUGUCUUUCACUGGCGGCGAAAAUGGAGGAGCGUUACGUUCCACUGCUCCUAGACCUCCAAAUCUUCGAACCCAAGUUCGUGUUCGAGCCCCAAACGGUUCAGCGAAUGGAGCUCUGGGUCAUGGCCAGUCUCAACUGGAGGCUUCGGUCCGUAACGCCUUUCGACUACAUCGACUACUUCGUUUCCAAGCUCUCCCGUUCCGGCUCCGAAUCGGAUUUUACCGGCCCCGUUGUUGCAAUUUCUUCUGAUCUCAUUCUCGACACCCUCCGCGUAAUUGAUUUCUCGGGUUUCCCGCCGUCCUUAGUUGCAGCUGCCGCCGUGGUCGCUGCUGCCAGGGAAAGUGCUGAUUUGCCGGAGACCUUCUAUGAGAGAGAAAUGGUGAGAAGCUGUCUCCAACUAAUGGAGGUGUACCUGAUGGACACGUGUCCCUCUGUGGGCCAUAAAGACCGGAGUAUAUCGGAGCCACCUCCCCCACCGAGCCCAGACGGCGUGCUGGAUGCAGCGGCGGCGUGUGUUAGUUGUGACACGCGCUCGGAGAAUCUAGUCACUGGCUCAAUGUCCGGCGGCUCCGAGUCAAGAGAAGUCGGACCGCAGAAUAAGCGACUCCGGUCAUCUGCGUCAAAUAUAUAACAACGAUAAUAGUGCAUAAAUUCACCAUCACUACUACUCCUUUUUGUUACUUUUAUAUAUAUUGCGGGAAGAACUUUUCAUUGUGAUUCAUUUUGUCGUUUUCAAACGGUGAGAAUCACAGUGGGUAUGGUAGUGUAGCCUUUUUUUUUUAUAUAUAUAUUUCUGUCAUAUUUUCCUUGUAAUAUCUAAUUAUACUUCUAUUAUAAAGGCGAAUCUAUAGGCCUGCAUUUUUGCUUUAACUUCA